UUUAUUUUUUAACUGCACAGCAGCCAAAACAUCGCGUCCGUAUCCGGCGGAACUAUGGCCAUAAAACAGGAUUCAUCCUCCACCGUCUAUUACGUCCCUCUCCAUCCAAACGUCGUCGUUCUCUCCUACUACCACCGUACGCCUCCAUGCCUCCUCUAUCUCCGCCGCUGCGUCACCUUCACUGUUUCUGUGCUCCUGCUCUCCCUUCUUGUAUUCUUCUUGUACCCCUCCGAUCCGUCUAUCAAAGUCGUCCGACUCCAACUCAACCACAUUCGAGUCAACUCGUCACCCAAAAUCACGCUCGACCUUUCUUUCUCCCUCACCAUUAAGGUCCGCAAUAAGAACCUUUUCUCCCUCGACUACGAUUCUCUCCUAGUUUCGGUCGGGUACAGAGGGAGAGAGCUAGGGUUUGCCCGCUCUCAGGGUGGGAAAUUGAGGGCGAGAGGAUCAUCGUAUAUAGAUGCGACACUUGAUCUCGAUGGACUUGAGGUUGUACACGACGUGUUUUCCUUGAUUGGGGAUUUGACUAGGGGUGUUAUCCCCUUCGAAACUGAUACGGAGGUUAAAGGAAAGCUUGGACUUUUGCUAUUCAACAUUCCGAUACAGGGAAGAAUAUCAUGUGAAGUCUAUGUUAAUACAAGCAACCAGACAAUUGUCCAUCAAGAUUGUUACCCGGAGUGAUAUGGAGGAUGGCUUUGCGGUGAAGCAGAUAAUCACAAUGAUGAUUUAAAAAGCAGGACAUGGAAUUGGGUGGCAAAGGAAAAUAGCACGAUGUCUCUAGCUGCCCUUUAAAUAUACUUGAUAGUAUCGUAUGUAGUAUCUUUUUUAAGAUUGUGUAUAUUAAUUAGAAUCUCAACUAAUCUUUAUUGUGCAAAUUUAUGGCUUGUUUUGGUUCAGAAGUAAGUGAGAUAUGUUUAUGGGAGCUAUGCAUCCCUUGUGCACCUUACCAUUUGGAAUUGAAAAUUACAAAUCGCCGUAUUCUCUAAAAUGUAAUAAAUUGAACUUAUCCAUGUAAAGGAGAAGCCACUCACUUAUGGGUUAUGAUGGGAA